AAAAAAGAUAAAAACAUGAACUAAUAAUGGAUAGACUAGACUAGACUAGAGAGAUAGAGAGAAGAGUGAAGAAGAUGAAGCUAAAGGUAUAUGUCGAUCGAAUGUCACAACCUUCCCGCGCAAUUCUCAUCUUUUGCAAGGUCAACGGAAUAGAUUUUGAAGAGAUCAAUAUCGAUCUCACCAAGCUCCAGCAUCACUCUCUUGAAUUUAAAAAUGUAAAUCCAAUGAAACAAGUCCCAGCAAUAGUUGAUGGAAGGUUCAAGUUGUUUGAGAGUCAUGCAAUUCUGAAAUAUAUUGCUUGUGCAUUUCCUGGAGUUGCAGAUCAUUGGUAUCCAUCAGAUCUGUUCAAAAGGGCUAAGAUUGAAUCUGUGUUGGAUUGGCAUCACACCAAUUUACGACGUGGUGCAGUUGGAUAUGUCUUUAAUGGCACACUUGCCCCUUUGGUUGGAAGGAAAUUGAUUCCAAAGGUAGCUGCUGAAGGUGAAAUACUAUUGUCUGCUUCUCUUGAGACGAUCGAGUCCUUUUGGCUGACAGAUGGUGGGCGGUUCUUGCUGGGAAGCACCCAACCAUCCAUAGCUGAUAUCAGUUUGGUUUGCGAACUUAUGCAACUCGAGGUUGUUGAUGAUGAGGAUCGGAUUCGAAUUCUGAAGCCAUUUACUAAAGUGAAGAAAUGGAUGGAAGAUACAAAGAUAGCAACAAGACCUCAUUUUGACGAAAUUCAUGAGGCACUCUUUAAAGUUAAAGGAAUUCUCCAGAAACGAAGAAUAUCAGCUGCUACCUUAAAGAUCAAUUCUGGUUCCAAAUUGUGAAAAUACAUUAAUAUUUUGAAAUGUUAUAAAGAUUGAAAUAAUGAUAUUUUCAUCUUUUAGUUGAUAUUUGAAUGAUUUGGUGAAAGAACUGAUUUGAUGAUAGGAUAUCAACAUGAAAUAAGUCAAUUUAAGUCCUUACCAUGUAUUAUGUAAUAAUACAUCAUUUAUUAGUCUACUUUACU